AUGACCCAUGCCUUAUAUCUCGGCCGUUUCAAGGCCUGUGCAGUGGGAUGCAAGUACGACAGCAUCCCAGGAGCCCUGGCCCCCAGCGCCGACGCCACCCUCGUGCGCGAGCCAGCCAAUCCCGAUGACCAAAACGCGGUGGCCGUCCACAACAAGCUCGGAGACCGGGUGGGCUACCUCCCCAGGGAGCUUGCCGCCCUCCUGGCGCCGCUCAUGGACACCGGCACCCUGUUUGUGACUGCCGCGGCCGCGCCGAAGUCGGACCCACGCACCGAAGAUUUCGCGUCCGGGUACUGCAUCCCCCUGGACAUCAAUGUUUAUGGCUGCAGCGCGGCAGCUCAAGAGGCGUGGUGCGCCCUCCAGCACGAGCUCCAGAACUUCACGCCCGACAGCAAGCUGAUCAAGUGGGGCGGCAACUGGUGGCUCAAUUUUGGCAAGUACAGCGGGAUGAAGGUCGCUGACGUGGCCCUAGUGGACUUUGAUUACAUCAAGUGGCUCCUGGGGGAGGCUGAUUUGCCGCAAGAUGUUUUGCACGAGAUCAGCGACGUGGUGUUCAGCUGA